AUGACGUUACGCAAAUGUCAUCGGCUUUGCAUUCCACACUUUCGGAUAUGUACUACAAACGAUGACGCACGUCUUUGCUGCGUCAAAGGAAUUAAAUGGAAUUUAAUAAGAGAAUGCUAUCGGUUCAAUCUUAACAUUCGUGACGGAGAGGAAUCGAUUGGUACCGACCGCAGGAGACGAAAGUACGGAAGCGGUGAUUGUGCCUGGCGCGACGGUGCGACGGGGCGGGCUGGUCGCGGCGCACCAGCUUGCCCAGAAGUUCGAGGAGGGACAGGCGCAGGGGGCGCGGCGGCACACGAACCUCGCCGCCGUCCGCGCCCAGCACCUCCAGCUCCACCGCCUCGGAGCGCGCGCACAUCCGCGCCGCUACCGCCGCCCCAUGUCGCGCGCCGUUCCGGGCGGCCACUCCGCCGGUUCGGCCCGCGCUCCGGACCCACGAGACUCACCACACGCCACUCGCCAAUUGCGACACGCGACCCGCACGCGCGCUCUGACCCGUCGCAGGGCUGA